ACAAGCGCAGGGUUUUUCAGCGGGAAUAUGUAACUGUUGAACUUGUGGAAUAUGGCUCAGACGUCGGCGGUAAAAACUCCACUGCGGAGAUCCUUCAGCGAGCAUGUCAAAGAUUCCACCAAUAAGGCUUGGGAUGUCUUCUGGAAGAGCGUGAGGGAGAGGCGGCUGUCGGAGAUUGAAGCCAAGGAGGCCUGUGAUUGGCUGCAAGCGGCCGGCUUCCCUCAGUAUGUGCAAUUAUUCAAAGACUGCAGGUUCCCCAUUGAAAUCGAGUGGGCGAAGCGUGAUCAUCACUUCCUGGAUAAGGAUGCCCUGGAUUCUCUCUGCAGGAGAUUAAGCACUUUAAACAAAUGUGUGGAAAUGAGGCUGGAGCCGCGGAGAUCAAAACGCAGGGGAGAUGAUGGUGACGAAGAAGACUUCUGUGCCAUCAGCCCCAGCUGGACCUACGACAGGCGGACACGUCGAUGGCGACGCCUCGACUCCACAAUGGACGGCCUUCGCUUGUCUGACAGCCCCACCGCACCCCAUAAUGUAUCUCUGGGUGAUGUCAGCGACAGCCAUGAUGUCUGCUCCAUCCACAGCUCCAGCAGCACUGAAAGUGAAGGCCACAACAGACACCACAAGAGUCACAGAGAGGCAGCCACCGUCACAACCACCUCCCCCAGCACCACAGACGACCAGGAGACCAGCAGGAGCUCCUCCCGCUGCUCCUCCACGAACAAGACGCCAUCUCUGGACCCUUCAUUCAGUGGACCACCUUCCCCUGGUGGAAGUGGUGGAGGAUCAUCCACCAUGAGCCUGGAGGCUGAAGGCAGCUUCCCAGACAAACCGCCCAGGAAGAAGGGCACCAGUCUGCUGAGGAAGAUGGAGAAACUGAGGCUGAGGGGAACGACUGGCUUCCUACCUUCUGCGCACAGUGGUGGUGACAGCGGGAGUCGGACCCGGCAUGCUACCAGUGGGCCUCUCCAGGUCCAGGAGGAGGAGAGGAUGGAGAGGCUGCACGGCCCAUCAAGCCUGCAGGGUCGACCCAACAGCCGUGCAUCUUCCUCGCCCUCGUCUCCUCACACCAUCAGCAGCAGUAGCAGUAACAGCCACUCAGAGAGCAGCAGCACUGUUAGCACGCCCAGCCCGGUCACCAGGGUCAGGAGUAACUGCAAGCGCUCCAACAGCGGUGUCGGGGUCGGUGGUGGAAUGACCCGGAACAACCAAAACCACACAGGAACAGAGGACUACAGGAACCAGAUCAACAACAACAACAGCAGCCACGAGAGUCUGGUCUUCCAGAUCCCCGACGGACACAAACCAGGGACCUUCCCCACCUCUCUCGCACACAAACACCCCAUCCUGUCCCCCAUCAUCGACAACACCUCAGUCAACUGGAGGACCGGGAGCUUCCACGGUUACCGAGGGCGACUCAGUUGCCGCCAUGGCACGUCGUCACUGGCCACUGGUGACCAGGAUCCCUCACCUUCUUCUUCCCGCGAUGGGGGAGUCCGCAGUCCGCUUGCUGUGCUGGAUCAUCGACUGAGUAUCUACGACAACGUGCCCGACGACCAGCAGCUGUCUGAAUGUGAAGGUGGCAGUGGUGGAAGUGGCAGCGAUGCAGAACGGAUGGCUGAGGAGUCAGAGGUGAGUCGAUUGUUGGCAGGUGAGGAUGUUUUCUCGGCUCUGGACAGUGUUUUGGAGAGGAUCAGCGACCUCCAACAGCUUGUCACCACCUGGUCUGAAACUCUAUCCGAAGACGACUGUCGGACAGGUUCCUCCUCCUCUUCUUCGUCGUCCGCCUCCACGUCUUCCUCUACUUCCUCCCAGGACUCACCUGCCCACGGCUCCUCAGCCGCCUCCCCUUGCCCGUCUUCCCCCAGCCACAUUCACCUGGAGGUGCAGCAUCCAGAGGAGGAGGAGGAGGAGGAAGAAGAGGAGGUGGAGGUAAAGAGCCAAGAGGAGAUACCCGUAAACGGAGAGGAGCCAAAGACUGGAUCACCACAACCAAGGAGCAGCAGAGUGAGCCAGCAGCUGCAGUGGUCCAGCGAGCAGAGUCUGCCCUCACUGCCCUCCAGUCCAGGAGUGGAGAACCAGUCUGUGUCCCAGUUCCUCCUGCUGCAGAAACUCUCCCUGCUCAAACUCACCGCUCUGAUGGACAAAUACUCUCCGUCCAGUAAGCAGGGCUGGAACUGGACUGUUCCUAAGACUCUGAGGAAGACCAAGGUGAUGGAGAUGAAAGGCCGGCGGGUAUUUGGAGUUCCUCUGCUCCUUAGUGUCCAGCAGACAGGAGAGCCACUUCCGCCCAGCAUCCUCAGAGCACUGGUCUACCUGAGGACAGAGUGUUUGGACCAGGUGGGUCUCUUCCGGAAAUCAGGGGUGAAAUCUCGCAUCCAGUACCUCCGUGAGAUGGUGGAGUCUGACCCAGAUGGCGUUACGUAUGACAGUCAGUCUGCAUACGACGUGGCCGACAUGGUGAAGCAGUACUUCAGAGACCUGCCGGAGCCCAUCUUCACCAGCAAACUCUGCGAGUCCUUCCUCCACAUUUACCAAUAUUUUCCCAAGGAUCAGCAGCUGGUUGCAGCUCAGGCGGCCAUCUUGUUGCUUCCUGACGAGAACAGGAUAGCGCUGCAAACACUGCUGUUCUUCCUGCGGGACGUGGUGGCCUGCGUGGACGAGAACCAAAUGACUCCAACCAACAUUGCAGUCUGCCUGGCGCCGUCGCUUUUCCACCUCAACACCCUGAAGAGAGACGCCAACGCAACCAGUCCUCAUUUCUGUACUGUGACCAUCUCUGUGCUCUGCCCGCAGGAGGAAGAGGAACGUGGGAAGCGUCAAGUCCUCGUCCUCGGUCUGGACGGGGCCGGGAAGAGCAGCAUGUUGCAGGGUUUGACCCCAGGGGAGGCAGCGGCUAAGAGAGGCCGCUGCCGGCCCACCCGCGGCUUCAACUUCAUGAGCCUCAACGCCCCCGCCUGCCAGCUCGACUUCCUGGAGAUUGGUGGCGGGGAGGACCUGCGGCGGUACUGGUCGGACUACCUGAGAAAGACUCACGUUCUGGUGUAUGUGGUGGACUCCUCUGACAGAAGCCGCCUCCCAUUGGCCAAGGCUGAACUGCAUCGCCUGCUGAGGGUGCAGCCCCAACUGCCCGUGGUCGUCCUGGGAAACAAGCAGGAUAAGCCCAAUGCUGUGAGCGUGUCGGAGCUACAUGAAGCCUUGUCUCUGGGCUCCGUGACUGAGGACAGGAAGCUGUUCCUCUUGGCUGCCCAGCUGGGUUCUGAUGGAGCCCUGAGGAACUCCUGCCGGGGCCUGGACACCUUCCAGGACCUCCUUCUCCAGCUCGUCUGA